CCAGACACCCAACACCCCACUGUGUACUUCCCAUUGACUUUGAGAUGCUUCUGAAUCUACUCCUGAAGUUGAACAAAUGAGUGAGGGUUGCUGCUGAAGAACCUCUCAGAUCAGCAAGUUAGCUCCACCGCAGGCGUCAAGAAUCACUCCUACUACCGAGGAACAGGCAAGGCACACCUCUCCUUGUUAUACGAAUUUGAUCUUGAUUUAUAGUUUGUAUAUGGAUUACCAAGGGAACAAAGUAAGGGAUUUCCUGCAUGCUAAUGGAAAUGUGGUGCUCGAAAGAGUGGAUAACAACUCUGAUCUAAGAUCUUUCACUCAAAAAGAGAUAGAAGACAUCACCGAUGGGUAUUGCACCGUCCUGGGAGAAGGGGGUUUUGGCAAGGUUUACAAAGGAAAACUAGAUUACCAUCGUCCAGUCGCAGUGAAGAGAUACAAAAAUGGAACCAAGAAAGAAGAGUUCGCCAAGGAAGUGAUAGUGCAUUCCCAGAUAAAUCACAAGAAUGUUGUCAGACUGUUAGGUUGCUGCACGGAGGAAAAUGCGCUUAUGAUUGUUAUGGAGUUUGUAUGCAAUGGAAACCUCGAGAGCAUUCUUCACUGCAAUAAUGCAAAUGGUCCUGCUGCAUUCCCUUUGGACAAACGUUUGGACAUCGCUAUUGAGUCCGCUGAAGUAUUAUCAUGCAUGCAUUCAAUGUAUAGUCCUGUCCUUCAUGGUGACAUCAAACCUGCUAAUAUACUUCUGGACGAGAAUCUUCGGCCAAAGAUAUCGGAUUUUGGGAUAGCAAGAUUGCUUGCUGCUGAAGAGAAUCAAUAUACCAGAUCUGUCAUUGGCUGCAUAGGUUACGUUGACCCUUUAUUCUGUCAGAGUGGGAUCCUAACUCCAAAGAGUGAUGUAUACAGUUUUGGAGUUGUUUUACUGGAAAUUAUCACGCGAAAGAAAGCUGUGGAUGGGAAUAUUAUCCUAGCUCAAAGUUUCACCGAAGCCCUGAGGAAAGGGAAAAAGGUGAGACAAAUGUUUGAUGUGGAAAUCGCAAAUGAUAGAAAGAACAUGAAAUUGCUUGACGAUAUCGCAAAACUAGCAGCUGAAUGCUUGAAACUGGAGGAAAAAAUGCGCCCAGAAAUGGUUGAAGUAGCUGACAGACUUAGAACAGUUAGAAAAGCUUUCCAUCAGCGCAAGGGCAAAAAUUCUACAGGUACCAACUCCGAACUUACGAGAAGUGUAAAGGCAGACAAAAUUCUACCACUUGUGGUGUCGACCAUUUCCAUGGAUGAACUGAAGGAAAUAACCAAUAACUUUAGCAAUCGUGCUCUAAUAGGAGAGGGCUCAUCGAGUAAAGUGUUCUUCGGAGUGCUGAAAGAUGGACAUACAUCCGCAAUCAAGAUGCUUGAUCCUGAUGAAGAAAUUAUUUUGGAGGUUCCGGAGGUCUCAAGAUUCAAACAUACGAACGUUACUCAGCUUCUCAGAUACCGUGAUGAACGAGGCAACCGUGUUCUUGUUUACGAGUACACAUCCAGGGGGUCUUUGCACGAUAUUCUCCACGGUAAAAAGAAUGUUAUUGGAGCCAAACCAGGACCGGUUCUAUCAUGGGCGCAACGAGCGAAGAUUGCCCUAAGUGCUGCAAUUGGGCUUGAGUUCCUCCACGAGAAGGCACGGCCGUGCAUUGUCCACACUUGCAUCAAGUCCAGCAACAUACUUCUCUUUGACAAUGACCUCGCAAAGAUUGGCGGUGUUGGUAUUCACAGACAGCCCCCUGAAUACGUAGAUAAUAUCCUUUUGGAUCGUAUGGGUCCUCCUCCAGAAUCCGGUUACGAUGCGCCUGAUUAUGCAAUGGUGGGGUACUUCAACACAAAAAGCGAUGUCUACAGCUUCGGUGUCGUACUGCUAGAACUUUUAACAGGUCGGAAGGCAUUUGAUCGUACAUCAUUAACCGGGGGCCAGCAAACACUCGUGAUAUGGGCUAGACCAAAACUUAUUAGCGAAUCCAAAGUACAUCUAUGGGUCGAUGGGAGGCUUGGAGGAGAUUACCCUCCCAUGGCUGUCGCCAAGAUGGCCGCAGUCGCGCGGCUCUGUGUUCAGUACAACCCGAAGAUCCGGCCAGACAUGAGCGUCGUCGUCGAGGCUCUGACGCCGCUGGUGAGGCCUCUCGCAAGCACCUCAAGCAAUCUUUCCAGCGCUGCUGGAGCAUCUGGAGUGUGAGACGUCGCCUUCUCUAUCAGUGAAAUAGCACGGGAUGUGGUUUUGUGGCCGGGACACGAAAUCUACAAUUGAAACAUCAUGUAAGCUUAUCGCGUCUACUUGGACUGUAUAUUUAACAUGGUCUCAAACAGCCUAAUCUCAUAAUUACUCCUCAGAAGAGUAGACCAGAUCUACCUUUCACCAUACAACCAAAUAUGGAGUAACUGUUCUCAAAUGGAAAAACUGUAAC